AUGGGUAGAAAAAAAAGCGAAGAUAAAAUAGAUCUUACCACGAUACAGCCCAUUUCUUUAGACACUAUAUCAGCAACACUUAGAGAGCGUUAUCAAAGCAACUUAAUUUACACUCGCAUAAACUCAUCUGUUCUAGUCUCAAUAAAUCCUUACAAAACGCUACCAAUCUUUAGCGACUCAACUGUACAAGAAUAUGUCGUGGACUACAAAGACACUUCAGGACAAAGAACUGAAUUACCCCCGCAUGCUUUUCAAAUUGCUUCUAAUGCAUACUUUCAUAUGCGAAGAACUAACCAAGAUCAAUCUAUCAUUAUAAAUGGCGAAUCUGGUAGUGGUAAAUCAGAGACUCGUAAACUUUUAUUUAAUCUACUUAUUGCAUUAAGUUCACAUCAAAAAAAAGAAUCAAGAAUUCAGAUUCAAGUUCCCGCUUCUGUAUUCAUUCUGGAAUCGUUCGGAAAUGCAAAAACAUUAAUAAAUAAUAACGCAUCACGAUUUGGUAAUUACACAGAAUUGCAAUUUAAUGAACGUGGCAGGUUAAUUGGUGCAAAGACUCUUGAUUACUUAUUGGAGAAAACUCGUGUUUCAAAUGUGCCUGCAAAUGAGAGAAACUUUCAUGUAUUUUAUUACCUCAUAGCAGGUGCUUCCAAUGAAGAAAAAUCUCAUCUACGCCUGACAGAUGUCUCACAAUAUCGUUACCUCAAUGUAUCUAAAACUACUUCUAGAGCUUAUAACGCAAUUGAAGAUACAAACAAAUUCAAUGAAUUAAAACAAUCAUUAAAAUCUUUAGGCUUCCACAAAAAACAUGUUGCUCAAAUGUUUCAAUUACUAGCUGCAAUCUUACAUCUUGGCAACAUUCAGUUCAAUCAGGAUCCCAACAAACAACAAGAAGCUGCAUUUGUUAAAAAUAUGGACGUGUUGGAAUUGGUAGCUGAUUUCUUGGGUGUGGAGCCUAAUUCUUUAGAAUUGGCCCUUACCUACAAAACCAAAUUAAUCAAAAAGGAAAUAUGUACAGUCUACUUGGACAUUCAGGGUGCCAAUGUGCAAAGAGAUGAUUUGGCAAAAGUUCUUUACUCUUUAUUGUUCAGUUGGAUUGUUGAAUACAUCAACACAAAAAUAUGUCAAGAAAACUUUGCUGGUUUCAUAGGCAUUGUUGAUCUGAUUGGUUUUCACAAUCUGGCUUGCAAUUCCUUGGACCAAUUCUGCAUCAACUUUGCAAAUGAAAAGAUUUAUAAUUUCGUUUUACGACAAAUUUUUGAGGUGAAUAAUGAUGAAUAUACCGAACAAGGAAAUAUCGAACAAGGAAUCGAAGGUACCAUACCAGAUACACCAUACUUUGACAACUCUGAAUGUCUAAAGAUGUUAUCUAAACCUUCAACAGGUUUAAUAUCAAUAAUGAAUGACCAGGCAAACAAAGUACCUCGUAAAACAAAUCAAACAAUGUUGGAUGCUUUCAACAGAAAAUAUUCUAACCAUAGUUCUUAUACUCCUACUUCAAAAAGUUUAAAUGCGUUACCAACAUUUGGAAUACAGCAUUACACUGGUCAAGUCUUGUACGAAACUACCGAUUUCCUAGAAAAAAAUAUUGACAACUUGAGUGCUGAUUUUGUUUCAUUGUUUCGUGAAGGUUCUUCCUACAAUAGCUUCAUCAUUGGUUUAUUUACAAAUAAUGCUGUUGCAACUGAAUCGCAUCCCUAUAAUGAUAAUACUAUUAUUUCUGCUCAACAGUCUGUGAAGCCUAUGAGAGCCCCUUCAACAAGACGUAGAAAAAGUCAAAAAGGUACUGAAACAACUGCUGGCACUGAUGAUGCUGUAACUGCAACUAGAUCGUCAUCCUCAAGGCUAGUUGGUGGAGAAGAAUCAAAGCAACAUACUGUAACAUGCGUUGCUACACAAAUUCAAUCUGCUCUGGAUGAAUUAUGUGAAACUCUUGAGGAAACAACACCUUGGUUCAUUUUUUGUAUUCGGCCCAACAAUACACAACUUCCAAAUCAAAUCGAUUCAAAGGUUCUUCAAUCCCAAGCAAAAUCACUUGGCCUAACAGAGAUUGCAAAAAGAUUACAAGUGAAUUACACUAUCUGUCUAACGCACGAAGAAUUCUUGGAAAAAUAUGCACACAUUUUGGAUUCCAUGGAAAUAGAUCAAUCACAAGAUUCAAAGGCAAAGAUUGAAGCUUCUUGCGCAAUAUUUGGUUGGGAUUACAAUGAUAUGAUUGUUAGGAACGAGAAAACUUAUCUAAGCGAACAUGCUUUGCGUAAUCUAGAAGAUAAUCUUCGUAGUUUGGAUUCAGUACCAAAAAAGAAAAAGAAAAGUGGUGUUAGUUCUGGAGAUAAUCAUUCUCUCAGUGAAAUUGGUCAUUAUCAUCCAUCACCACCAAAAGGUUUUGAUCAACAGUCCUAUUAUUCAAAUGAUGAUCGCUCGAUCGUAUCAGAAGAUGAUUAUUAUCAAGACGAUUCAUAUAGUCAAUACAAUGAAACUGCUUCUGCCUACGGGUCGGAGGUUUAUGCCCCAUCACGUAAUAUGUUUAUAGAAAUGGAAAAGAAAAAAAUGCUUUCUGAGCAAGAAACUGUUCCUGAAGAGGAAGAAAAGCCUAGGAAGAUGACUUCAGCUCGUAUAAAAUGGCUCGUACUUACUUGGAUGCUUACUUGGUGGAUUCCUCCCUGUUUCUUAUCUUGGUGUGGUAGAAUGAAGCGUAAAGACGUACAGAUGGCGUGGCGUGAAAAAGUUGCAUUGUGUAUAAUCAUCCUAUUCAUGUCAUGUGUGCUUGUCUUCAUGCUUGCCGUGUUCGGUGCAAUAAUUUGUCCACGUGCUUUCAUAUUUAAUGAUAGCGAAUUGGCUGACCAUUCUUUUGAGAAUGACAACAAAAAUACAUAUAUAUCUAUUCGUGGAGAUGUAUUUUCACUAACCGAAUUUGCUCCUCUGCAUUUUCCUGCAUUCGUUACUCAAAAAACAUUAAUGUCAUACAGCGGUGCGGAUGCCUCAAUUUUAUUUCCUGUUCAGAUUAGUGCUCUUUGUCCCGGCGUUGAUCAAUCAGUGAUGAUGACAAACGACACUGCCGAUGUAAAUGCAAGAUAUCAUGAUUUCCGUUAUAGCACUGACGAUUAUCGACCCGAUUGGUAUGCUGAGGAAAUUCAGUACAGGAUGAGGAACAAACAUCUUGUUGGUCAAAGAGGUUUUUCAACGGCCGCUGUUCAACUUAUGGCCUUUUCUGAGGGUAAGAAUGUAGCAAUCCUUAAUGACAAUGUCUAUGAUUUGACUGCUUAUGUGAUGGGUGGUAGAAUUUCUACGGGUCCUGAUGGUCCUGUUGCAAAUGUCAACACAGAGUUCAUUAAUCAAUAUAUCGUGGACCUUUUUGUGGGAAGCAAAGGAACAGAUAUUAGCAAACAAUUUAAUGCAUUAGCAAUUAGUCAACAAGACAAAAAUAAUCAAUUGACUUGUUUUAAAAAUUUGUUUUAUAUUGGAAAAGUGGAUCAUCGUAGUUCACCACAAUGUAUAUUCUCUAGAUAUAUUUUACUCGGGUUUACAGGUAUUAUUGUUGGAGUUAUAGCAUUCAAGUUUUUGGCUGCUCUGCAAUUAGGUACUAAACGUGAACCAGAAGAGCACGAUAAAUUUGUUAUUUGUCAAGUUCCAUGUUACACUGAAAGUGACGAUUCAAUGCGUAAAACACUGGACUCUUUGGCUGUUUUGAGAUAUGACGACAAAAGGAAACUGUUAUUUAUAGUAUGUGAUGGUAUGAUUAUUGGAAGUGGAAAUGACCAACCAACUCCUCGUAUAGUUUUGGACAUUUUGGGAGUGGACCCUAACCUAGAUCCUGAACCAUUAAGCUUUUUGUCAUUGGGUGAUGGUGCUAAGCAACACAACAUGGGCAAAAUAUAUUCUGGUUUGUAUGAGUGUAGCGGGCAUGUGGUACCAUAUAUUGUUGUAGUAAAAGUUGGUAAAUCAAGUGAACGAUCCAGACCCGGUAAUCGUGGUAAAAGAGAUUCACAAAUGAUAUUGAUGAAUUUCUUGAACAAAGUUCAUUUCAACACAGAGAUGACACCGUUGGAAUUGGAAAUGUAUCAUCAAAUUAAAUAUGUUAUUGGGGUUAAUCCUAGUUUCUAUGAAUAUAUUCUUAUGGUGGAUGCUGAUACAGAAGUUAUGCCAGACUCGUUGAAUCGCCUGAUUUCAGCAUUCAUUCACGAUACAAAAAUUAUGGGAUUAUGUGGUGAAACAACAUUGUCAAAUGAGAAGAAGUCAUGGGUUACUAUGAUUCAAGUAUAUGAAUAUUUUAUAUCUCAUCAUCUUGCAAAGUCUUUUGAAUCAUUGUUUGGUAGUGUUACCUGUUUGCCUGGUUGUUUCUGUAUGUAUCGUGUACGUACACCGGAUACGCACAAACCUUUACUGAUAAGUAAUCAAGUGAUUGAAGAUUAUUCUGAGAACGUUGUUGACACACUUCAUAAGAAAAAUUUGCUUCAUCUUGGUGAAGAUCGAUACAUGACCACAUUGAUGAUGAAACAUUUUUCCAACUACAAGCUGACAUUUGUGCCAGAUGCAAAAUGUAAAACCACAGCACCUGAACAAUGGUCUGUUUUGAUAUCCCAACGUCGUAGAUGGAUCAAUUCAACAGUGCACAAUCUUAUGGAACUUAUAUUCUUACCUCAAUUAUGUGGAUUUUGUUGUUUUUCAUUGAGAUUUGUUGUUAUGCUUGAUUUGCUUGCUACAAUUAUAAUGCCAGCAACUUUAUUGUUUAUGGGGUAUCUGAUCUAUACAAUUAUUCUAGAUCCAACAACAAUUCCAAUUGCCUCGAUAGUGUUAUUAGGAGCUGUUUAUGGUCUGCAGGCAGUAAUAUUUAUUUUACGUAGGAAAUGGGAACAUGUGGGAUGGAUGAUUGUGUAUAUAUUUGCAAUGCCAUUGUUUUCAUUUUAUCUUCCAAUUUAUGCAUUUUGGCAUUUUGAUGAUUUCUCAUGGGGUAACACGCGUGUUGUGGUUGGUGAAAAAGGAGGUAAGAAGGUAUUGCCAGCAGACGAGGGUAAAUUUGAUCCAAAGAGUAUUCCAAAAAAGAAAUGGUCAGAUUAUGAACAAGAGUUGUGGGAAGAUGAAUCACAAGGUUCAAAGGUUUCAGAUAGAUCGUAUAGAUCAAAGGCUGGUUCGCGCGCUGCUUCUACUCAUGGUUCUUCAUAUGGUGUGGAUACUAUCAAUAAAAUCAGUAUUGUAUUUGUGGAUAAAAAGAAAUAG